AUGUCCGUGGCGCCGAUGGACGGGCUCUCCCUGUCCGACGAGGCUAGCCUGUCACAUAUGCGGCAGCGCCUGCAGCGGGACCUGAACUGCCUCUCCGACCCUGACCGGUCGACUCGGAAGCGUGCCCUGACCAAGCUCGAGAAGGCGCUUUUCCGCGAGGCUAAGGUGUCGGAGGCGGUGCUGCGGGUUUUUUUCUCCCGACACCUCUCCGAGCGGCUGGUGGGGAUGAUGACCGAUCCCGUCGAGAAGUGCAGGGAGAUGGCGGGAGGGCUGUUGCUGGAGCUUGUGGAUGCCGUGGGCGGCGAUGCACUGCCGGACACGACGGCUUUGGCUAAGCAGGUGUUCUCCAUGGCUGAAGUGCGGAUAGGGAGCGUCCCGCUGGUCGAGCCCGCGGAGGAAGUGAGGGCUCUCCUGCUUCGACUGUGCGGCGCGGUCCUGAGAGGGAAGGGCGCCGAAAUAUUCGUUGGCGAGAUUGCCGGAGAGGCGUGUGGGGUGCUCUCGGCGGCUCUGACGGACCCGUUUCCCGAGGCGAAGCGGGAGUGCUGCUCUCUAUUGCUGCGGCUGGCCGGUGUAUGUCCGGAAGGGCUCCAGUCCCGCCUAGGGAAGGUGUGGAUUGAUGGGUUUGGAACCGACUAA